AUGCUAAAAGUGUUGACAGUUCAGUUAGAAGAAACGACAAAUUAUAAAAUUUUCGAAGAUAAUACAAUAAUUCAUCCUUCAUAUCUAACUUAUGAUGAUCAUUUUUCAUUAAUUGUCAUUCUUGAUAUAAAUUACUUCACUUUUUGGGAUAUGAAAUCAUAUACUAUCAAAUUCAAAAUAGAAUCCUUUGAGAAUGAAGAUAUAAGGUGA